AUGGUGACGCCGCUACUGCUUCUUAUGGCGCUCAACACUCCGCUAGAAGCGGCGUCGAGCGUCGUGACCGUGCUAGACUGCAUCUGCGACAGGUUCUUCGACAGGGAAUUGGAAGAGACGGCGAACAGUAUGCUGCGCCCGUACUGCGUCGGUCCUUACACCAUAUUCAGUAAGCCCUCAUGCGAAGACAACAUUCCGGAUGUCUUCCCUAAAGGCGAGUACGCUGUGGACAGACCAUCAUGCGCAUACGCCUUGAAGGAGGACGACGACCCACAAAAGUACGGUAGAAACGGCUCCAGGUGCGAAGACGCCAUGAUGGAUGACGCCUUCAGCAGCUCGCUCGCCAUGGUUGCUCAAAUGAUUCCUCAUCGCAACAGCUCAGCUCGCCUGCGUGGCUAUCCGCCCGACACGUGUGGCUCAGUAGACGGGUUGCGAGAUAUGGAAGCCGACGACGCCACCAACUUGCUGUGUCAAGUCGUGCCAGAGAUAACGAACACCGUGCCAGGCGAAUGGUUGGUGGACAUGCAACUGAGUGAGGAAGUGCUUCAAAUGCCCCAUCAGCGAAGAGAGCUGUUGGACAAACUAUUACCAACUAAUGCCUGGCUUUCGAAAGCCAUAAUCAUCAAUUAUGAUUGCCAUGUGUUGAGAAGCGACAGCCAAACCAGCUCUAUGGGAAUUGGUGUUGACGACAUCGUUCGAAACUUGAAGCAGCAGACAUCCCGUGAUUUGAGUGACCACGCACACAUCCUCUCACUUGCAGUCAAGAGCAUCGAAAGUACUUUAACUGUUCUGAUACUCGAAGAAAAGGGUAAGAAUAUGUCUCAACAGCAGUUGUCAAGUUUAAUUAAACACGUAGAAAAGCUCGGGAGCAUGUUGCAUGUGCAUACAAGUGGAUGGAUGGAAGAUAUUUACGAUCUUAUUGGUGAAAUACAUAACAUCCAAGUGUACGAAGACCCACUGAAAGCACGGAAGCCCGUAAUCAGGUUCCCACUGGUCGGCGAUCUUUUACUGGAAUACCACAACAAGAUCCUGACGCUUCGAGAAGAUUUUGCAGAGCAGUGUGAGAAGAGCAUUCCAGGAGCGUCGGAAAUGCUGCAGCUGGCAGAAGCAGUCUACACGUACCUCGACAACAACUGGUUACGUCUUGUCCGGCUGUUGUUUGUACCGUUCUAUGGGUUCAAUGUGACAUUUGAAAAAUGGCAGCUGGGGGACCUCAGUGACAGCCGCGUGUCGGUAGACGGCAGUUGCGUCCAGCUUCUGGUGGACCUGCUGGACCGGCCUGGAUGUCCUCUGGAAGAUACCCCAGACGAAGCUCUUCGGCAGCGGGAAAUGUGCCGUGUACAACUGGGCAGAGACCUUACGCUCGGGUUGUCUUACGUCCCAAUAACAAGCUACCUGGCGUACACGCAGAGGGUAAACAUCAACAUCUGUUUGCUGUCCUGGAUGGUCAUUAAUUCGAAGACUAUAUGUCAGGAUCUCCCCGACAGGGUGCUGAACUCUGUGAGUGUAGCUCGUUGCUUCUUCUCCCAUUCUGUAGGCAAGUCGUGUAGCCCAAACAAUUCGUCAGACUUCGUCUGUCUUGUCUCCAGAGGUGUUUUCUCCUUAUUGUGUGAGAGUUUUUAUCACUAUGGGACGCACGUCUACUGUAUGUUUCAACACGAAUGGGGCCACACGAAACCGACGUCGGCCCAUCAUACACGCUACGGCCCAAAAACCGAACCACUGAGAAUACAUGCAUUUAGAGAAGCGUUACACAACUCCACAAUGGUGUACAGAAAUUUUAAGAUUGAUCAUCUUCAGACUUUGGAAAAUUCACUGAUCUCCAUAAAUAUUUUCUUCAGAUGUGUAACUGCUGGUGUGUUCUUAUACUUGCCGAAGUUUCGUAAUUUGCCCGGAAAACUACUCCUGUGUUUCCAACUCACGGGAAUAGUGCAGAUCGUGUGUUCUGAAGUUCUGUACCGCAUGUUUGGCGUUCCAGACCUGGCGACCACUGUCCAGCUGGACAGCUCGCUCACACUGCUCAGCUGCAUCUGGCUGAACACGUUCUGCUACCUGGUGUUCUCCGGGGUUCGCCACCUCAGGCUACCGGACAGCCUCCACCCUAGCGAAGCCAGACGCCUCUUCCGCCUCUACGUGACGUACGCCCUGUCCGUCUGGACUGUGGUCACGUCCACCUUCGUCUCUCUCGAACGCGUGAGCGAGCAGUACUUGUUCCACAGUCGGACGCUACUGCUGACUGCCAUCUCGUUGUCAGUGGCCUGCAACUUCCUGCUCCUCCUGGCCCUAGCGUACACGUACAUCCGUACGCGUCGGUCAGUGUCGAAGCUGCGUACCACCACCACCAACAAAUUUGGAACGAGGAAGCAGCAAAUCUUCAUGUCGGCGAAGACUUUCCUCCUGAGUGGACUGGGUAUUUUGGCCCGAGUGGGCUUCCACCAGGCUGAAGGAAUGGCCCGGUACGUGUACUGUGUUCACCUGACCACCAUGCUGCAGGGUCCCGCCAUCUUCGUGCUCUUCGUCUGCAACGGCUCGGCGCUGCCCCAGCUCAGACACCGCCUUCAGCGAUGGUGGAGCCCCGAUGUCGUCUCAUCAAGGGAAGAUCUAUGCUCUUCAGCCCAGAAAAAUUUGGCCAGUCGCAGACGAAGAAUGGAACAAAAUGUGCUAGCAACACCAGUUUGAGACAACAUUUUUUCCCGUUUCAGUGCAGUUUAACUCACCACAGUCUUAUUUUAGAAUGCCACGUGAGGCAUGCUGUGUCUUUCACUGUUUAAUACAAUACAGCAUUCGAGUUCUAAUGAUCACAUGGGUGUGGGGGGCAGAGAGAGAUCUGUGGGAAUAAAGUAUUUAAAAAUGGGCAUUUAAUUUAAUGGAUGCGCUCUUCUUUAUUUAUGAGUUUGGCCAGCUACGGACCUCAUAGAACUUAAGACUUAUGGUGUUUCUUUUUCUUCCGUUCUUCCCAGUACUUCUUCAUUUUCUCGCCAACUGCUCGUCUGUGCUUAUCU